AUGCAAGGAUCGUUCCCGAUUUCUCAAAUUCCACCAUCUAUUCAAGAUUUAGAUCUUUCCAACAACCUUCUCACAGGCUUUGAAGAUUCUCAAGAUGUUCUUCCCUGGCCUAAUCUACAAAGGUUGGACCUUGAAAAUAACAGGCUGCAAGGAUCUCUCCCGAUUUCUCAAAUUCCACCAUCUAUUCAAGAUUUAGAUCUUUCCAACAACCUUCUCACAGGCUUUGAAGAUUCUCGAGAUGUUCUUCCCUGGCCUAAUCUACAAGUGUUGGACCUCCAAAAUAACAGGCUGCAAGGAUCUCUCCCAAUUUCUCAAAUUCCACCAUCUAUUCAAGAUUUAGAUCUUUCCAACAACCUUCUCACAGGCUUUGAAGAUUCUCGAGAUGUUCUUCCCUGGCCUAAUCUACGAUG